CAAGUUCUGGAGGCAAGCAUUGCGUUCAGUUCUGCUCAAUCACUUGACCGGUAUAGAAGAAUUGCAUUGAGAAGAAGUUUAAACCAUUGAGAUUUGUCUUGGACUCUCCGGAGGAGUUCUUAAAGUGAAAAAUCACUUUUUCAAUUUAAUCCUGUUUACAAAACAAAUUGAUAUAUUGGCUGAGAAGUAGUGUUAAUGUGAUGACAAUGGCAAGAUAAAUUUCAAGCAGAGUGAUUCAAUUCUUUCUGCAACAAUUGGAGAUUUCUUGUAUAAGCGCAAUUUAAGAAUUCCUGCUGAAGUGUUACAAUUUCUCGAUAUCUUGUUUCUUCGUUGGGUUUUAGUUUAUUUUUUUUAUUGUUGGUGUGUUUUCCCAUGAAUAUUGUUAACAAGGGACAAAAUUCAGUUUUACAUGAUUAAAAUCUCAAAUGGUGUUUCUGUUGAAUUUGUUUGAGGAGCUAAUAUCAACGACAAGAGAUUUCAAUGCGAGGCGUUAUUUGUGAAUAAUUUCGAUGUGGAGAAUUAUUGAAUUGUGGCGAAGAGAGCAAAGAAAGAAGACGAAGCUGCUGCUGAUAACGUAGUCUGCAAAAUAUACUACCUAUAUACCUUUUUGUCGAGAUAAUCCCUUAAAGCAACAACAAUUGAAAUAAAAUGGUUCUAGUGUUAAAUGGUGUUCUACAAGAUGAUUGUCCACUGAACACAACAUCGUUAUUCCUACAGCAUCCAGUCUACAGAGAUCAUGCCAAUCAACUCCUUUCUAUACCGACUAAAACGAUGGGUCCUGUUGGACUCCUCUAUGUCCGCCAAAGAGAAAUGGCUGCAGUUGCACCACACGAUAAAAAUGUCACAAUAAUCGGAUCCGAUGAUGCUACAACGUGUAUAAUAGUCGUUGUGCGUCAUUCGGGAUCCGGUGCAGUAGCCCUGGCCCAUCUCGAUGGUGCUGGAACAGAUGAGGCCGUCUCGACGAUGGUGGCGCGUGUUCAGGAGCUGGGAAUUGGCUAUCCGGAGGGCCGGAUUGAGUUGCAACUUAUUGGGGGCUUCCGUGAUCAGAAGGGAUACUCGGAAGAUUUAUUUUACAACAUAAUGCAAGCAUUUCACAAACAUCCGUUGGAAAUAGAUCUGACACAGGCAUGUGUUAUGGACCUCAACACAACAGUUCGCGGUGAUAUAAAUUGGCCCAUUAUUUAUGGUGUUGGUGUUAAUGUUAGGAAUGGAGACAUCUUUCCUGCUACCUUCCCGGACAAAGGACCCGACUUACCGCUUCGUCAAGCAAGGAGUUUCACCGGAGGCCAAACAGUACUGGACAUUUAUGAUUCGAACAAUGGAAUGCUGAGAAUCGGUCCGUUUAACUAUGAUCCUCUGAGAGGUGUUGACUUGUGGUUGGCACAGAGUGAUGAAUUCCUCCUGCAGCAUCUCUCAACUAGUCCUGAAGUUGAACCACCAACAUUUGCCAUGCAACUCCGUUCCACACUUAGGUACAUUCAGGACAAUCAAUUUCCAGCCGUGACGGUCUUUCCGGACAACCGGCCACAUUACUACAGGCGAGAUGAAGCUUCUGGAUGCUGGCAGUUGGUGCGCUACUAAAACAGCUACCAACUGCCCUCCCAGCAUCAAUUUGUUUUUCUUUUAAUUUUUAAAAAAAAUAAAAUGUUAUUGCGGUUCAGUUGAGACAUUGGAAGGAAAAUAAUUUACAAGGAAAUGACUAAUUUGAAUAAAGAAAAAAAAACAAGUGAUAUAUUAAAAAUGAAAUUAGAUAGAUUAAUGGUUAAUUGCAAUAUUAUUAAAGAAAAGAAAAAAUACUUACUGCUCGAUCCCAUUUUUAUUUUUGACUAUAGACAUUCGAGCAAGAUUAGAAGAACAGAGAAAAAAAUUGUCUGAGACUUUGAACAUAAUUUCUUUUUGAUAAAUAAAUAUAGAAGAUAGAACUGAAGGGAGAGCAAGAGAAAUUAUUGAAAAAUAUAUUACGUUUUCUUACUUAGAUCAACUACUGAUUCCCCCAAAUGUUGUACAUAAUUUGCUGUAUUUCUCAUAUACACAACUUGCCAUAAUCUAAUUUAUUGAAACAGACUUUCUUUUUAGAGCUUUUUGCGAUUUAUUUUUUUUUUUGUCGUAAUCAGUUUACUGUCCUUGUUACGAGCAGAUGAUUCCAGGAAAAUAGAAUGAAAGUAUCUGUAAGAGAACACUUGAAUACAUUGAAUGAAAUCAUGCUAAUAAAAUAGAUGCGCAAUAUUUAA